CCUCCCUCAGACCGCCACGCUCCAGGAGAGAGGAGGUGGAAAGCCUGAAACCCGCUGCGGGAGCCCUGGAGCCUGGAGGCCAUCUUAGACCUGGAGCUACCAUGUGCACGGGGAAGUGUUCGAAGUGCAUUGGGAUCACCCUGCUCCCACUGGCAGCAUGUGCCAUAGUCUCCAACACCCUCCUGUACUUCCCCAAUGGACAAAUUCUGCAGCUCAGUGAGAUAACCGAUCUGGUCUGGUUUUUCCAUGGCAUUGUGGGAGCUGGAAUACUGGUUAUUUUGCCGGCAUUAAUGAUGCUGGGAGCAGGCGGAGCAGGAUGUUGCGCUAACAGAUGUGGGAUGCUGCUGUCAGUGGUCCUGGCUGUGCUGGGAUUUGCGGGAGGAGCGUACUGUGCAGUCAUCUCCUCGCUGGGGCUGAUUGGGGGCCCUCUGUGUGACACGGGUGAUGGAGAAUACCUCUACCCUUUCAGGAACAACACUCUGGAAGAAAAUUAUUUGUUCAACCAGACAGCAUGGAGCAUUUGCAAAGAACCUGAAAACAUCAUCCUUUGGAAUAUCAUCCUUUUCUCUAUUCUCCUGGCCAUUGGUGUGAUUGAAGCUAUUCUUUGUUUUAUUCAAGUCAUCAAUGGACUUACUGGCUUCAUAUGUGGCACAUGUAUGAGGAAAAGAAAGACAAACAUUUCCGGAAUGUGAAUGACCUACAGGGGAUGCCAAGACAAGCCCUGAGCUACCAAUUCAUAUACAAUAAGGAUAGUGCACUGUGCUGUGUUUAUGGGGGGAUGACAAAGGAAACCCAAAAUGUACAGGAGUUUCAUGGGGCAAAAUUAAUUUUUUAUGAAGAAGUC